GGUUAAGAAUUUGCAAAGCGAUUUUGAAUGCUUAUUUUUGCACGGUGCAAGAAAAAAUUUUAAUCAUUGAUUUUGGGUCACAGUUUACCCAACUCAUCGCGAGACGCGUAAGAGAAUUAAACAUCUUUUGCGAAAUAAAACCCUACCAUAAAAUAGGUGAUACAGACGCAUACAAAGCGGUUAUUUUGUCGGGUAGCCCCUGCUCUGUGCUAAAUGAAACAGCUCCAAAAAUAGACCUCUCCAAAAUAAAAGGUAAAAAACCGCUACUCGCAAUUUGCUACGGGGCGCAAUAUUUGGUGCAUUUUUUUGAAGGGGUGGUGGGGCAAUCCAAAACGAGAGAAUACGGUAGAGCCAACUUAUCUUAUUACGAAAAAAACGAAACGCUUUUUAAAGGGGUUCGCAAAAAUAGUCAGGUGUGGAUGAGCCAUUCUGAUACCAUUUUAGAGCUUCCAAAAAAUUACAAGUGCAUCGCCAGCACCGAGCAAAUAAAAAAUGUAGCUUAUAAAAUAAAUGGUGAAAAAACAUACGGAAUUCAGUUCCACCCAGAAGUAUAUCAUUCUACCGAAGGCACACAAAUUUUACGAAAUUUUUUGAUAGACAUCGCCCAGCUGAAACAACAGUGGACAGCUGAUUGUUUUAUAGAAAAAACCGUUGCCGACAUCCAAAAAACCGUUGGGGAAGACAAAGUAAUUUUAGGACUUUCGGGAGGGGUAGAUUCUAGUGUGGCAGCAGUGCUGAUUCACAAAGCUAUCGGAAAACAACUGAACUGUGUUUUUGUAAACAAUGGGCUUUUACGCAAAAAUGAGUUUAAAGAAGUAUUGCAACAAUACAAGGGGAUGGGACUCAAUGUAAAAGGUGUGGACGCAAGCGAGCGGUUUUACAAAGUUUUGGAAGGGGUAACUGACCCCGAGCAAAAACGCAAAGCCAUUGGGCGUGUUUUUGUAGAGGUGUUUGAUGAUGAAUCCAAACAAAUAGAAAAUGCUAAGUGGUUGGCACAAGGCACGAUAUACCCUGAUGUAAUUGAAUCUGUUUCGGCUACGGGAGGUCCUUCAGCAAUGAUUAAAUCCCAUCAUAAUGUAGGAGGGUUGCCCGAUUAUAUGAAACUAAAAAUAUUAGAACCCUUGAGAAUGAUUUUUAAAGAUGAAGUGAGAAGGGUAGGAAAAUCAUUAGAUAUAGCCCAUAGUAUUUUAGGAAGACACCCCUUUCCAGGACCAGGCUUGGGCAUCAGAAUUUUAGGAGAUAUUACCGCUGAAAAAGUAAAACUUUUACAAGAGGUAGACGCUAUUUUUAUAGGGGGUUUGAAAAAAUGGGGACUAUACGAUGAGAUUUGGCAAGCAGCUGCGAUAUUACUCCCUGUAAAAACCGUUGGUGUAAUGGGCGAUGAAAGAACCUAUGAAAAAGCAGUGGCACUGCGUGCAGUGACA